GCGCAGUAGCCGCAGCGCGCCGUGGAGCAGCCCGGCAGCGGUCUUCGUUUCCGGUGCGACUGGCCGGAGCGGCGGUGGGCGUCAUGUCGCUGUCCCACUUGUACGGCAAAAAUGAAGCCGUGGUGGAGGACGACGACGUGGAGAUGGAGAAGUUCGAGAUCACCGACUGGGAUCUCCAGAAUGAGUUCAACCCCAACCGGCAGCGCCACUGGCAGACCAAAGAAGAGGCCACGUACGGCAUGUGGGCUGAGCGUGAUUCUGAUGACGAGAGGCCCAGCUUUGGGGGCAAACGGUCUCGAGACUACUCUGCCCCUGUCAACUUUAUCAGUGCCGGGCUGAAGAAGCCAGCGGGUGAUGAGAUAACGGAUGAAGAUUCUGAUGAGGAUGAGAAGCCUGUGAAGCAGGAGGAAAUUCCCAAGGAGUUUGUGCCAAAGAAGUUAAAGACCGGUGGCAAUUUCAAACCCAGCCAGAAGGGCUUUGUUGGAGGAGCCAGGCCCGUCACAGACCUCGGCAGCUGGGAGAGGCACACCAAGGGCAUCGGGCAGAAGCUUCUUCAGAAAAUGGGCUACGUGCCUGGCAGAGGCCUGGGGAAGAAUGCUCAAGGUAUUAUCACCCCUAUCGAGGCCAAGCAAAGGCGAGGCAAGGCAGCCAUAGGGGCAUAUGGCUCAGAACGAACCAGCCAGUCGCUGCAGGACUUCCCCGUGGUCGACUCUGACGAAGAGGCGGAAGAGGAAUUCCAGAAGGAGCUCAGCCAGUGGCGGAAGGACCCGAGCGGGGGCAAGAAGAAGCCCAAGUACUCCUACAAGACGGUGGAAGAGCUGAAGGCCAGGGGCCGGGCAGGCAAGCAGCUGUCGGCCCCUCAGAAGGAGCUGGCACCCGUGAAGGUGAUCGACAUGACCGGCCGGGAGCAGAAGGUGUACUACAGCUACAGCCACAUCAGCCAGAAGCACAACAUCCCCGACGAGGACUCUCAGCAGGGCCCGCUGGGCAGAGACGCCAAGGUGCAGGCGUUCGCCCUGCCCGAGCUGGAGCACAACCUGCAGCUCCUCAUCGACCUGACGGAGCAGGAGAUCAUCCAGAACGACCGGCAGCUGCAGUACGAGCGGGACAUGGUGGUCAACCUGAGCCACGAGAUCGAGAAGAUGGCCGAGGUCCUCGCCCAGGAGGAGGCGGACAUCCGCAACCUGGGCAAGGUGCUGGAGCUGGUGGAGGAGUGCGAGAGGCGGAUGCAGCCCGGCUGCGAGGACCCCCUCACACUGCCCGAGUGCGCCAAGGUCUUUCAGACCCUCCAGGACAAGUACUUUGAGGAGUACCGGAUGUCUGACCGCGUGGACCUGGCUGUGGCCAUCGUCUUCCCCCUGGUUAAGGACUACUUCAAGAACUGGGACCCGCUGAAGGACUGCACGUACGGCACCGAGAUCCUAGCCAAGUGGAAGGGCUUGUUGGAGAACGAUCAGUUACUCUCGCACGGUGGGCAGGACCUCGCCUCGGACGCGUUUCAUAGGCUGAUGUGGGAGACCUGGAUGCCGUACGUACGGAGCGCCGUGGCACAGUGGCAGCCUCGGAAUUGCAUCCCCAUGGCAGACUUCCUCGACAGCUGGGGCCACAUCAUUCCGGUGUGGAUCCUGGACAACAUUCUGGACCAGCUGAUCUUCCCCAAGCUGCAGAAGGAGGUGGAGAACUGGAACCCGCUUACCGACACGGUCCCCAUCCACUCCUGGAUCCACCCGUGGCUGCCGCUGAUGCAGGCCCGGCUCGAGCCGCUCUACUCGCCCAUCCGCAGCAAGCUGUCCAACGCCCUGCAGAAGUGGCACCCCAGCGACUCCUCCGCCAAGCUCAUCCUGCAGCCCUGGAAGGAGGUCUUCACCCCGGGGUCGUGGGAGGCCUUCAUGAUCAAGAACAUCGUGCCCAAGCUGGGCCUCAGCCUGAACGAGCUGAUGAUCAACCCGCACCAGCAGCACAUGGACGCCUUCUUUUGGGUGGUGGACUGGGAAGGGAUGAUCUCCGUCUCCAGCCUGGUGGGCCUCCUGGAGAAGCACUUCUUCCCCAAGUGGCUGCAGGUGCUGUGCUCCUGGCUCAGCAACAACCCCAACUAUGAAGAGAUCACCAAGUGGUACUUGGGCUGGAAGUCCAUGUUCUCGGACCAGGUGCUGGCUCACCCCUCCAUCAAGGAGAAGUUCAACGAGGCCCUCGACAUCAUGAACAGGGCCGUCUCCUCCAGCGUCGGGGGAUACGUGCAGCCAGGCGCACGGGAGAACAUCGCGUACCUCACGCACACCGAGCGCCGGAAGGACUUUCAGUACGAGGCUAUGCAGGAGCGCCGGGAGGCCGAGAACAUGGCGCAGCGCGGGAUCGGCAUGGCCGCCGGCUCCGUGCCGAUGAACUUCAAGGACCUGAUCCAGACCAAGGCGGAGGAGCACAACAUCGUCUUCAUGCCCGUCAUCGGGAAGCGGCACGAAGGGAAGCAGCUGUACACCUUCGGGCGCAUCGUCAUCUACAUCGACCGCGGCGUGGUCUUCGUGCAGGGGGAGAAGACCUGGGUGCCCACCUCCCUCCAGAGCCUCAUCGACAUGGCCAAGUGAGGGCGAGGCGAGGCGAGGCACUGGGCCCCGGGCGGGCGGCGGGGCGGCUGAAGCGCUCGCUGAGGAGGGCCGGGGGGCAGUUGCCGCGGGCCCCUCGGCCACGGACAGCGGUGGCACUUGGAAGGAGCCCGGCAGCCCCAUGGCGACACCCGGGGGGCAUCCAGGUUGGCUGUCGGCUGUCAUAGGGUGGAUGCGUGCGCAGCCUCAGUCCCACACUGGGCCUCGCCAUUCGUGGGGAAUGCUGAGGGGGGAAGAGCCCUCCUGCGUUCCUGGCCCGUUUCUGGGCUGCCUGGGGGCGGGGAGGGGGUUGGCUGAACCCAGGCCGGGUGCUGCACCAGGGCUCUUCUGACAUUUCCAGCGGGAGGAAAUAACUUUAGAAAAGACAAAAAGAGUUUGGUUUGCCUGGGCUUUUUUAUUAUUAAAAUACUCCACGAACACUCAA